GGAGCGAGCAGGGCGGUGAUGCCGAAGUACUAUGAGGGGAAGGAGGAGAGCGGGCGACCCUGCUCGGGGUUCAGGGAGGACCUGCAGUCCUGCCUGCUGGAGAGCGAUUGCGUCCUGAAGGAAGGGAAAAGCCCCAAACAAUGCUUGAAGGAAGGACACUGCAGAAGUUUGCAGAUUUCAUUUUUUGAAUGCAAAAGAUCCACGUUGGAUUCCAGAUCAAGAUUCAGAGGAAGGAAAGGAUACUGAAGCCUUUCUGAGUGCCAGCCUGGGGAAUCAUGGAUACAUCAUUACCUUAAGUAAAACAAGAAUAUAUCUGUUGUACCCUGUCAGUCAUGCAAUAUUCCCAUGGAAAAUACCUAUUUCAAGGACUCUAAUAAAUGUCCAUUAACCUCAAAAUGCUAACAAGAAAGUAAUUAGGGUGGCUGUUCUGGUUGACAUGAGAACUUUAGUGCAUUUUUAAUACAUUUUAUGAACUACAAAAUGAGCUAGAGCAGUAUCAGGUGUUUAUUUUCAAGUUUAGAUUCCCUCUUGGGUAUUAAAUUAUAAUGCAUCUAAAAACCUUGAAAUGCUGUCACAGUAAAUAUUACUCAGUGAUGGAGGUUGGUACUAUUGUUUUGCAUUGUCAUUCAGGAGACCUAGGAAUAGGGCUCGUUUCCUAAACUGGUAAGACUAAGAAAUGUAUGUGUUAGUCACUUCCUUCCCCAGGGGCUUAUGUUGCUCAAUAAGGAGUUAUUCCAGAUUAUUUAAGAGUAGCAUUGGUAUCUGUGCAGUCACUCAUGACCAGUGACAUUUAUUUUAUCCUGCUGCAACAGUGGGGCUCAACCUCGAAGCCACGGAGCCAUGUUCUUUGGCCUGUAGUGCUCACCAGGGGUCCCAAUAUUUGGUGGCAGGGGAGAAGUAGCGGGUUAAUUUUUCCCAGAGCCACGGCAAUUAAUGUUGCUUCCUCUUCCCCUCAGUGCCAAAUUUCUGGACUUGUGGGGGGGAACCCUGAGAUCCAGAGCCCCACAUGCUAGUUUGGACGGAUGCACGGUAUUGCUGCAACCAGAUCCAGCUGACGGGGCUGUGCCAGCAUGCAGUGGCACCGCAACUGCGUGCGGCUUCCAGAAUCACACUAGCGUGCCACAUUGCAUCUGCAAGCAUACCCCGUGGACCAACCUGGAUCUGGCUCACAGACCAGCCCCACACCACUCAUCUAGCCUGGAGGGCUGUAGUGGUUGAGCACUGCUGUGUUACAACAUUUGAAUAGGAUUAUUAGUGUAAAAUGUAUUAAUGCAUUAUAGCCUCUUACUGUUGGAAAGCUGCAUUAAAAUUUGGGUUCUCUAAAAUAA